CUCCACGCUUUCUUUCUUUGUCCUCCUUUACAUGCCAAAGCUGGAAGAUUCUCUCACAAAUUUCAAUUCAAUUCCUUCUUCUUCAUCAUCAUCGCCUCAGGAAGUCUAUUUCCUCUCUGGUUUUCAAAAUCUGUAAGCAUAGGUAACCACUUUCGAUCUCUCAGUGGUACUAAUCUAGUAUGGAAGACGACACCCAAAUGGCUUCAGAAGUACCAGUAUUGAAGGUUGAUACAGAGGAGAAAGCUAAUGCUAUCAAUGCAACAAAUGGAGACUUCCCACAAGUAGAAAAAUCAGGGAAGAAAGAAGAGGACGAGACUGAUGGAGAAUUCAUAAAAGUAGAGAAGGAAUCACUUGAUGUCAAGGAUGCUUCUCAUACGGCUGAGGCAGCAACUGCAGAUCAUGAGAAGCCAUUGGCCAUAGAAAGAAGCUUAAGCAGUUCAACCAGAGAAUUAUUGGAAGCACAAGAGAAGUUUAGGGAUCUUGAACUUGAAUUGGAAAGAGUAGCUGAAGCAUUAAAGCAUUCUGAAUCAGAAAAUACCAAGAUCAGAGAAGAGGUCUUGCUUGCAAAGGAAAAGUUGGAGGUUGGUGAAAAGAAGUAUGAGGAGCUUGAACUCAAUCACAAGAAAUUGCAAGAGCAGAUAAUUGAAGCUGAGGAGAAGUAUAGUUCACAGCUUGGCACUUUGAAUGAGUCUCUGCAAGCACAAGAUAUGAAACACAAGGAAUUAACUGAGGUGAAAGAAGCAUUUGAUGGUCUCAGCCUUGAGCUUGAGAACUCUAGAAAGAGUUUGCAAGAGUUGGAGCAAAAGCUCCAAUUUUCUGAAGUUGAGGCAAUGAGGUUUGAGGAGUUGCACAAACAAAGUGGUUCACAUGCUGAAUCUGAGACACAAAGGGCAUUGGAGCUUGAGAGGCUGCUUGGAGAAACAAAAUCAAGUGCAAAAGAAAUGGAAGAUCGGAUGGCUUCCCUUCAGGAGGAAGUCAAGGGCCUGUAUGAGAAGAUUGCAGAAAACCAGAAAGUUGAAGAAGCCCUUAAGAAUGCUACAGCAGAACUCGCAGCAGUUAAUGAAGAAUUGGCACGUUCAAAAUCACAACUGCUUGACAUAGAGCAAAGAUUCUCUUCAAAGGAGGCUCUUAUUAGUGAACUCACCCAAGAAUUGGACCAGAGGAAAGCUUCAGAAUCUCAGUUGAAGGAAGAUGUCUUGGCAUUGGAGAAUUUGCUCGGUGCAACUAAAGAAGAUCUUCAAGCAAAGGUUUCUGAGUUAGAAGGCAAUAAGUUGAAGCUGCAAGAGGAAGUUAAUGCAAGGGAAUUGGUUGAAGCAGCGAUGCAAAAAUAUGAGGGACAGGUCUCAGCUAUACAUGAAGAAUUAGCAAAAGUAAUGAAAGAAAAAGAAGCUCUUGAGGCAACUGUAACAGAUCUCACUAGCAAUGCAGCACAAAUGAUGGAAUUAUGCAGUGACCUUGAAGACAAGUUGAAGGUUUCAGAAGAGAAUUUCUCUAAAGCGGAUUUCCUUUUGUCUCAAGCUUUGUCAAACAAUGCAGAGCUUGAACAAAAAUUGAAGUCUCUGGAAGAGCUUCACAAUGAAUCUGGAGCUGCUGCAGCAUCUGCUACUCUAAAGAAUCUGGAGCUUGAAGAUUCACUCCGAGCUUCACAUGAAGCAGCAGAAAAUGCAAAUUCCCAAGUGAGAGAGCUUGAGACACGCUUUAUUGCAGCAGAGCAGAGUAACGUGGAUCUUGAGCAACAAUUGAAUUUAACGGAAUUAAAAAGCAGUGAUGCUGAGAGAGAAGUGAGGGAAUUCUCACUGAAAAUAACUGAACUCAGUGCUGCACUGAAAGAAUUGGAGGAAGAAAAGAAAAUUUUGAGUCACCAGAUGCAGGAAUACCAGGAGAAGAUAACCCACCUUGAAGCUUCCCUAAAUCAGUCAUCAUCAAGGAAUGCAGAGCUUGAGGCUGAGUUGAGGAUUGCUACAGAGAAGUGUGCUGAACAUGAGGACCGAGCAAACAUGAAUCAUCAACGCAGCCUUGAGCUUGAAGACCUGUUCCAAAUGUCUCAUUCCAAAGUAGAGGAUGCCAGCAAAAAGGUAAAUGAUUUGGAGUUGUUACUUGAAGCAGAGAAAUUCAGAAUUCAGGAACUUGAAGAGCAGAUUAGCACAUUAGAAAAGAAAUGUGUGGCUGCAGAAGCAGAGUCCAACAAAUACUUCCAUAAAGUAUCUGAACUUUCAGCUGAGCUUGAAGCAUUCCAAGCAAGGGCAUCAAGCCUUGAAAUUGCACUGCAAACAGCCAACGAAAAGGAGAAAGAGCUGAUGGAAUGCCUGAAUUCAGUAACAGAUGAAAAGAAAAAGUUAGAAGAUGCAUCAAGCGAUUCCAGCCAGAAGCUGGCUGAAGCUGAGAAUCUUGUGGAAGUCCUACGAAAUGAAUUAACUGUGAUGCAGGAGAAGUUGGAGUGCAUUGAAAAUGAUCUAAAGGCUGCUGGACUAAAAGAAAGCGAUGUAAUGGCAAAGCUCAUGUCUGCUGAGGAACAACUAGAGCAACAAGAAAAAUUACUAGAGCAGGCUACCGCUAGAAAGUCUGAGCUUGAAUCAUUACAAGAAUCUCUGGCAAGGGAUUCGGAACUCAAACUUCAAGAAGCAAUAGCAAACUUCACCAACAAGGAGUCUGAGGCAAAAUUCCUGAUUGACAAAUUGAAGAUUCUUGAAGACCAAGUGAAAUUAUACGAAGAACAGGUUGCUGAAGCGACUGGAAAAUCUGCAUCUUUGAAGGAAGAAUUGGAUUUUUGUUUGCUAAAAGUGGCUUCUAUGGAAACCUCAAAUGAAGAACUUAAAAAAAAGAUCUUGGAAAUAGAAAAUAGAGCUUCUAACACUUCCUCAGAAAAUGAACUCCUUGUUGAGACAAACAAUCAGCUUAAAAGCAAGGUCAAUGAACUUCAGGAAUUGCUGAAUUCUGCUGUUUCUGAGAAAGAAGCCUCAUCUCAACAACUUGCUUCUCAUAUGAACACUAUUGCAGAAAUAUCUGAUAAGCAGUCAAGGGCUUUAGAACUUCAUUCAGCAACUGAAGCUCGGAUGGUUCAAGCAGAAACAGAGUUACAAGAGGCCAUUCAGAGACUAACUCAGAAAGAUGAAGAAACAAACAAUUUGAACGUGAAGCUAAAUGCACUUGAAGGCCAAAAGAAAUUCUGUGAAGAACAGGCUCAUGAAGCAUCUGCAAUAGCCGAAACUCGAAAACUUGAGCUGGAAGAGACUUGUCUGAAAUUGAAACACUUUGAAAGUAUUGUUGAGGAACUGCAAAACAGGUCAAGUCACUUUGAAAAAGAGAGUACAGGGUUAGCGGAGGCAAAUUUGAAACUCACUCAGGAGCUAGCCUCAUAUGAGUCCAAACUGAGUGAUUUAGAGUCAAAACUGUCUUCGGCACAUUCCCAGAAGGAUGAAACAUUAGAACAGCUUCACACUUCAAAGAAGGCCCUAGAAAAUUUAACUCAGCAGCUUAAUGAUGAAGGACAGAGACUACAGUCCCAGAUAUCUUCAGUCAUGGAAGAGAACAAUUUUCUUAAUGAAACGUAUCAAAAUGCAAAGAAGGAACUUCAAUCAGUGAUCAUCCAGCUUGAAGAGCAACUGAAAGACCAGAAAGCAAAUGAAGAUGCCCUAAAAUCUGAGAUUGAAAAUCUCAAGAUGGAGGCUGCGGAGAAGUCAGCAUUGCAAACUCGUCUCAAGGAAUUUGAAGAAAAAUUGACAGCAGCCGAGGCUCGUCUGAAAGAAGAGGUUGAAAGCAUUCAGGCAUCUGCUGCUGGAAGAGAAGCUGAGUUAACUUUGAAACUAGAAGAUCAUGCACAGAAAAUCCAUGAUAGAGAUACACUAAGUGAUCAAGUUCUUCAGCUUCAGAGAGAAUUACAACUUGCUCGGAGCAUUGUUACUGAACAGAAAGAAGCAAAUUUUCAAAAAGAUUCAGAAAGGGAAGCAGCUAUGAGGAAAUCCCUUGAAGACCUUGAUGCUAAGAACAAGGAAAUCAUACUUCUGGAGAAGCAAGUAAAGGAGCUUGAGCAUAAAUUGCAACUUGCUGAUGAAAAAUUACUACAAAAGGGUGAUGAAGGCAAUUUGGCUGAACAUAAUGAUGGAACAGAAAUCAAAUCCAGAGACAUUGGAUCAACCAUUUCUGCUCCCACAAAAAGGAAGAGUAAGAAAAAGUUAGAGGCUGCAUCUGCACAAACAUCAUCCUCUUCGGAGACGCAUGUUCAAACUACACAGGUUUCUCAAGCCAUGAACAUUAAGUUUAUUUUGGGAUUGGCCGUUGUAUCUAUCAUCAUUGGCAUAAUUCUUGGGAAGAGGUAUUAGUUUCGGUGUUCUGGAUCUUGGUUUUUCAUGUAUCUAGUUUUUUGUUUCCGAUUUCUUUCUCUAGUGUUGUUCCCUUUUUUUUUCUAAUUAUUUUCUUUAAUGAAUUUCUUGUUUUAUUUAAUAUUAUGCACAGAAGAUUGAAACCUUUGCUUGUAUACUUUAUAGCAUAGGUCUGUGAAGUUGGUCAGGGAAUUUGUUUUUCAAUAUCAUCCCCUUACCUGAAUUCAAAGAUGUUUGAUUCAUGUAAUAUUCAAGUUUGGGUUUAGUUUUUUUUA